AUGGUGUUUUUAGGACACCCUUUUGAAUUCUUGGACUGUAAAUCAGCUGAGGAAAAUGAAACUCCAAUUCUUGUAGAGACCCCAGUUGAAUUCUUGGACUGUAAAUCAGCUGAGGGAAGUGAAACUUCAAUUCUUGAGUCUUCACGUUAUGAUCAUAAUGGCUCUAGCACAGCCAUAUGUGAUCAUGAUCAGUAUCUAAGAGACAAAUUAGGAGAAAAUUCAGCUGAAAUGGGAAGUACUAGGAUCACCAUGGAGAGGAAGAAAUUAGAAGACUUCUUGAAAGAACUGGAUGUAUUUGAAAAUAUGGCAUGGAGUGGUACUGUUGAAGAGAAGAAAACUGAGCCAAAGGGCAAAAAGAUCCACAAAGCAAAAGAUUGGAAAAGGACAUUGGCAUGCAAGUUUUAUGAGGAAAGGCACAAUGCUAGUGACAGCACUGGCGAAGAAAUGGAUUUGUUAUGGGAAAAGUAUGAAAUGGACUCUAUAAAGAACAAUGAAAAAAGAGAUAAUAGCAAUAGCAAGAAGAAGAUGAGGAGCUAUGUAAAAGAAGAACAUAUAAAUGAGCACAUUGAGCAGUUGUGUUGCUUACAGGCACUAAAUUUAUCAGCUGGAAAAAAGAAUUUGGGAAUGGGAAGGGCUAAUUUUGUGAGAAUUUCUAGGGCAAUUAAAGGGUUUAAAUGGCUAUACCAUGUGAGCAAGAAUAACAAGAAGGUGCAUUGUGGAGAUAGAUUCUAG